AUGGUGCCCGCGGCGGGGCCGGCGGCGGCGGCGGCCGCGACUGCCGGAGGCAGCCGUGCGGAGCUCGAGCAGUGGCAGCCUUUAUUCCUAGCGGUGACAGCAGAAGGCUUCGAGUCCCAGGCGGUGCAUUCGCCAGCUCCCCGCCUCUUCCCGGAAGAAAGAUGGCAGCGGCCUGAGCUGAAUCCAGUUAGAGGCGUCACGGGCGCUCGCGGCUCCACAAUUCGGAUCUUGGGCAAGGACCGGGAGGCUGCCCUGCGCUGCCUCUGGCUCCUGAGUGUGCUGCUCCUGACCAGUGUGUCUGCACGACCCGCCAACCACUCGGCCGUCCGGGAGAGAGCAGCCAACAGGGAUGAGAACGAGAUCCUGCCCCCAGACCACCUGAACGGGGUGAAGAUGGAGAUGGAUGGGCAUCUCAAUAAGGAGUUCCACCAGGAGGUCUUCCUAGGCAAGGCCCGGGAGGAGUUUGAUGAGGACUCAGAGCCUCGAAGGAGUCGGAGGAAGCUUAUGGUCAUCUUCUCCAAGGUGGAUGUGAAUGCUGACCGCAGGAUCAGUGCCAAGGAGAUGCAGCACUGGAUCAUGGAGAAGACGGCCGAGCACUUCCAGGAGGCUGUCCGGGAGAACAGGCUGCACUUCCGCGCCGUGGAUCCCGACGGCGAUGGCCGUGUGUCGUGGGACGAGUACCGGGUGAAAUUUCUGGCAAGCAAAGGCCACAAUGAGCAGGAAGUUGCCGAGAGGAUAAAGAACAACGAGGACCUGAAGGUGGACGAAGAGACACAGGAAGUCCUGGAGAACCUCAAGGACCGCUGGUACCAGGCGGACAACCCCCCCUCGGACCUGCUGCUGACUGAGGAAGAGUUCUUGUCCUUCCAGCACCCGGAGCACAGCCGUGGCAUGUUGCAGUUCAUGGUCAAGGAGAUUGUGCGAGACCUGGACCAGGAUGGCGACAAGCGUCUCUCCCUGUCCGAGUUCAUCUCCCUCCCCGUGGGCACCGUGGAGAACCAGCAGGCCCAGGACAUCGACGACAACUGGGUCAAAGACAGGAAGCGAGAGUUUGAGGAGCUGAUCGACGCCAACCAUGAUGGAAUUGUGACCCCAGAGGAGCUGGAGGAGUACAUGGACCCCAUGAAUGAGUACAACGCCCUCAACGAAGCCAAGCAGAUGAUCGCCAUCGCAGAUGAGAACCAGAACCAGCACCUGGAGCCCGAGGAGAUCCUCAAGUACAGCGAGUUCUUCACAGGCAGCAAGCUGGUGGACUACGCCCGCAGUGUGCACGAGGAGUUCUGA